GAAGGCUGCAGCCGUCCCAGAGGAGGCGAGGACGGGGCGGGCUUAGGGAGUCGGGGCGAGCCCGAGCUCGUCAAGCACUCGUGCGGCGGUGGUCGCUGGCGUCCCGCCGGCCAGCUCUGUGUCGCCCUGCACUGCUGCGGCCGCCGCGGAACCAUGGCUGUGCUCGUCGUGCUCUUGUCCUUCUUGGUGGCGGGUGUCUUAGGGAACGAGUUCAGUAUAUUAAGAUCACCAGGGUCUGUUGUUUUCCGGGAUGGAAAUUGGCCCAUACCAGGAGAGCGAAUCCCAGACGUGGCUGCAUUGUCCAUGGGCUUCUCUGUGAAAGAAGACCUUUCUUGGCCGGGACUCGCAGUGGGUAACCUAUUCCACCGUCCUCGGGCUACCGUUAUGGUGAUGGUGAAGGGAGUGGACAAGCUUGCUCUACCCCCAGGCAGUGUCAUUUCGUACCCUUUGGAAAAUGCAGUUCCUUUUAGUCUUGACAGCGUUGCAAAUUCCAUUCACUCCUUAUUUUCUGAAGAAACUCCUGUAGUUUUACAGUUGGCUCCCAGUGAGGAAAGAGUGUACAUGGUGGGGAAGGCAAACUCGGUUUUUGAAGAUCUCUCAGUAACACUAAGACAGCUCCGCAAUCGACUGUUUCAAGAAAACUCUGUUCUCAGUUCACUUCCCCUCAAUUCUCUGAGUAGGAACAAUGAAGUUGAUCUGCUUUUUCUUUCUGAACUGCAAGUGCUACAUGAUAUUUCAAGUCUGUUGUCUCGACAUAAGCAUCUAGCCAAGGAUCAUUCUCCUGAUUUAUACUCACUGGAGCUGGCAGGUUUGGACGAAAUUGGGAAACGUUACGGGGAAGACUCUGAACAAUUUAGAGAUGCUUCUAAGAUCCUUGUUGAUGCUCUACAAAAGUUUGCAGAUGACAUGUACAAUCUCUACGGUGGGAAUGCAGUGGUAGAGUUAGUGACUGUCAGAUCGUUCGACACAUCCCUUGCGAGGAAGACUAGGACUAUCCUCGAGGCAAAACAAGCGAAGGACCCAUCAAGUACCUAUAACCUCGCAUAUAAGUAUAAUUUUGAAUAUCCAGUGGUUUUCAACAUGAUACUUUGGAUAAUGAUUGCCUUGGCCUUGGCUGUGAUUAUCACUUCUUACAAUAUUUGGAACAUGGAUCCUGGAUAUGAUAGCAUCAUUUAUAGGAUGACAAACCAGAAGAUUCGAAUGGAUUGAACUUUCCUUAUGCCAACUUAGAAAAGGGGUUUGGAAAUUUUCGUUAUAAUAAAUCUUUUAGUGUGUAAAGUAGAUAGUAUAAAAAAGCAGAUUUGUGUUCUCUAUUUUGUGUGCCUGUGAUGAUGCUCUUUUAGAGCGAAUUAUAGCUGUGUGAUAUAGAUGCUCAAAUACUAUGAUUGAUAUAACCAUUUAAUACAAUUAAUUUCAUUCCAUUUAAUAUUUGGAAACAUGCACUGAAAUAAGUAUUUAUUUCAUAUAGGACAGUUUGUGUUGGGAAAAUGCACUGAAUUUGAAAUGCUUAAAAUGCUUAACUUACUUCCUUACACAGGACAGGUGAAAGUGAUAAUUGGACUGUUAUAUACUAUGAACAUGAACGUCUUAAUGUAAAUACCUCUGAAACGAGUAAAGGUUUUUAACUUCAAGCAGCUCUAAACUAUGUAUGUGCUUAUAUAGUCACUUAGAUUUGGACUUCCAUCUGAUUGACAGACUAUAGCCGUUUUUUAACCUCUUCCGAAUGGUCAGCUGUGGAUAUUAAAGAUAGAUACUACAUUGAUGUAACAGGAAGUAGCUUUGUGGAGUUAUAGAUGCUCGUAAUUACACACACAAACAUGUGGGGGACAUCGUGGGGCAUGAUUUCAGUAAUUUUUCCCCUUUUGUAAGUUACUCUGGUUAUUCUCUAGAAUGCUAAGUGGAAGUAGAUGCUCCCUACUUUUCAUGUGGAAGUGGACCAAUAAUAAAGAGUGGCAAAUAAAGUUAAUAAUGAUUCCAAA